UCUGGUCCGACUGUCCCCCUCUGACUCCGUCUGCCCCACCCCGUAAUCCGCCUCUACCUCCCAUCAAAUCCUCCGCCCCAUCAAAUGGAGACUUAAAUCGAGCCCUAAUCUCCCAACCCUCUGCAAUCGACCGUGGUCCGAGCAUCCACCAAUGCUGCCAGAAGCUGACGCCGUCGACCGUUGCACGUUCCGUCCGAUGACUAAGCCUCUGCUCCCAUUCCCGGCGGCGAAGCCGGACAAAGCCUCUACUUCCGCUCCACACGCUGUCGCACCGACGUUUCUCCCUCUCUUGUCUCAGGGUUUAGGUCUCUCUCACACAUUCUCUAUCUCUCUCUCUCUCUCUCUCAUACACAAUUUCUAUAUAUCUUCUUCUCUAUCUAAUUGCUCUUCCUCUUUCUCUCUAACAAUGUGUCUUUCCCUCCCCAGGCCGAUUGCAGCUGUGAGUUUUCUUCCUUGCAUUAUUUGUCUCCAAAUUUUUGAUGAAUUUGAAAUUGGUGGUGAUGGUUGCAGCUCUGAGAGGAGCAAAAAUUCUGAAAAUGAAUUCAAAACCCUCCCAAAUGGUCUCAAGUACUAUGAUUUGAAGACUAGAGACGGACUUGAAGCUGUAAAGGGAUCUCGGGUUAUAGUAUGAUUGUGGCACAGGUGAAAAAUUUCAGUCUAGUUCCUCAAUAGUCUCUAUUUGCUUACUCUGCUUUCAUUUUAAAGAAGUAGUUCAGUAGUAGAGGCAUUCUGUAUUUUAUUUAGUCGUUGAUGGAUAUUUCUUCGAUUCAUGUUAAUGGUAGCUAUUUCUCAGAAUCUGUGCAACUUACUUGUACUAGAAAACUUACUUAGUUUCAAUUAUGGUAUAUGUUUGAUUAGGUCUCUCUUUAUGUUUAUGCAGUCAACACUUGGCUAUGCUCCUAAUUGGUAAGUCUAGGAAGAAGUUGCUGAGUAUAUGUAUUUGAUUGUGUAAAUCUGUCAAUUGAUAUCUCGCCUGUCAUCAUGGACCAAUUUUGUUUGGGCUUUCUGGAGCUUCAUAUUCAAUCCAUAUGCACUUUAGGAAUACUGAUUCUAGUCUCAUUAGUUCCUUUUUGAUGACAUUGAUGAAGC